AAGUCCGUACCUCAGCCAGAGCGCCGCCCGGAGUCCAAGUUGCAGCGCAGCAGCAGCGUUCAGGAGAUCUUCUCCUCACCGAGAAACAAACUGCUCAGACAGAGCAGCCUGCAGCAGCAGAAGGAGUUGGAGCAGGAGCUGACCGAACAGAGAGGACUGACUCAGGCCAUCGCCAGGCAGGGCAGCCGAGCUCGACUCCACAGCCAGGGGUCAGAGGACCACAGCCAGCUGUCGCCAUGGUCGCCUCCUGCUGAGUUCGAUGUGGAGGAGGACUCUGCUCAGAAGAAGUGGGAUCGCCUUCACAGUCGGCUGCUGGCUCUGGAGGAGAGCUGGCUGCUUCCUCCCUCUGAGGUGACAGACUCAUCUAUGAGGCGUAGUGAUGGAACAGCGGGACGCAUGAUUGGCACACAAACCCUGAAAGAGCUCCAAACUCACAUCAGCCAUCUGAAAGAGCUGGGACAGACAGCGGCAGAGCCUCUGAGUCAG